CAAUCACAGACAACACAAAAUGCCGCCUAUAUCCGUCCGGCCAGCUUUUGCAAGCAGUGUUCGUGCUCUCACACAAAAUGCCACCCCACGGGUUUCUCAACUGACACCUCGCGUGUCCCAACCCAUCACGCGGCGCUUCAAGUCUGGACCAUACGGAUACACCCAAGCUAAAGCGCUCGUCUACAGCCAAAACGGCGAGCCCUGCGAUGUUCUCUUCCUGCACACGCAUUCGAUCUCCCCCUCCCUGCCCUCCAACGCGCUCCUCCUCCGCAGUCUCGCCGCCCCCAUCAACCCCGCGGACAUAAACCAGAUUCAGGGCGUGUACCCCUCGCGCCCGCCCUUCACGGCGCUCCUCGGAACUGCCGUUCCCUCCGCCAUCGCUGGCAACGAGGCAUGUUUCGAGGUCAUGCGCGUCGGGUCCGCGGUGAAGGAGUUUGCGCCGGGAGACUGGGCGAUUGCGCGCGCGCCGUGUCUUGGGACGUGGGUGACGCAUGUUGAGGCGCAGGAGGAUGCUCUGCUGCGCGUUGAGAAGGAGGGUCUGACGCCUGUGCAGGUCGGGACGGUGGGGGUGAACCCGACCACGGCAUAUAGGAUGUUGAAAGAUUUUGAGAAUGUGGGAGAAGGGGAGUGGUUCAUUCAAAAUGGGGCGAAUAGCGGGGUUGGACGGGCGGCGAUACAGUUGGGGAGGUUGUGGGGGAUGAAGAGCAUUAAUAUUAUCCGUGAGCGCGGAACGGAGGAGGAGACGGAGGCGAUGAGGAACGAGUUGAGAGGGUUGGGGGCCACGCACGUGGUUACAGAAGGGGAGCUGAUGGCGCGUGGCUUUUCAGAGCAGGUCAAGGAGUGGACGGUUGGUGGACGCCAGAAGGUGAAGCUGGGCCUCAAUUGCGUCGGGGGCAAGCCGACAUCGGCGAUGGUGAAGUGCCUGAGUGAUGGUGGGCACCUGGUGACAUAUGGCGGGAUGGCAAAGGCGCCACUGCAGGUGCCAACUGCGGCGCUGAUAUUCAAAGAUGUCAAGUUCAGCGGGUUCUGGGUUAGCCGCUGGAGCGAGAAGAACUUGGAUGAAAAGCGCCGGACGGUGGGGGAGAUUCUGGAGCUUACCCGCGCGGGGAUGUUCGCCGAUGUGCCAGUGCAGAAGGUGCAGUGGGACUGGGACACCAAGGAAAAGACGUUGAAGGAGGCUGUGACGGGGACGCUGCAGGGGUUUAGGAAGGGGAAGGGUGUGUUUGUGUUUGGUGAUACUUGAGGGCUGAUGCAGAGCAAGAUAGACUUGCGCAUUGUAGUGUAAAAACUUUAUGACCAUAAAGCAGAGAGU